AUGGAGAGCAUCUCGCAGGCUGCGUCUGCUUCGGAGGUGCUGGGAGCGGUCAAGCAGGAGCAGCACAACCCGAAGCUGAACCUGAUGUCAAUUUCUUCUGCCUGGGUGAAGAUUGCAAAGCUGCCGUGCAGCCUAGCCGGCAUGGAUCAAAUGCAGCAGGAUCCAUUUUUUGCGGACUUCAUUCGCUUGACAGAAGACUACGCAAAGAAGGCAAGUGCGGAGCCCAAGCUGUAUGCGCGUGCAGUGGCAAACACGCUUUGGGCAGUCUGCAAGAUGUACGCCUUGAUGCCAUCGCAGCUGAGCAGCGUACAGAAACAGCUCAGCAGUGCCGUGCAGCAGGCAGCAAAGUAUAUGGAUGCACAGCAAGUUGCAAACAUCAUUUGGGGCAGCGGGAAGCUGUCAGAUUCUGGAGAUGAGGAUAUGCUGGCCUUGCUGCCGGCUUUAGCUGACCGGGUCCAAGAAGUGAAACAGGACAUGAAUGCGCAACAUGUCACAAACAUCAUUUGGGCCAUCGCGAAGCUGUCAGAUUCUGGAGAUGAGGAUAUGCUGGCCUUGCUGCCGGCUUUAGCUGACCGGGUCCAAGAAGUGAAGGAGGAUAUGACUGUUCAAGUCGUUGCAAACAUCAUUUGGGCCAUCGCGAAGCUGUCUGAUUCUGGCGAUGUCUCUUUGCUGGCCGCGCUGCCAGCUUUAACCGGCAGGAUCAAAGAGGUCGUGCAGGACAUGGAUGCGCAACAUGUCGCAAACAUCAUUUGGGCCACCGCGAAGCUGUCAGAUUCUGGAGAUGAGUCUUUGCCGGCCUUGCUGCCGGCUUUAGCUGACCGGGUCCAAGAAGUGAAACAGGACAUGAAUGCACAACAUGUCGCAAACAUCAUUUGGGCCAUCGCGAAGCUGUCAGGUUCUGGAGAUGAGGCUUUGCUGGCCUUGCUGCCGGCUUUGGCUGAUCGUGUUCAAGAAGUGAAGAAGGAUAUGAACACGCAACAUGUCACAAAUAUGAUGUGGGCCUGCGCAAUUCUUUUGGAUUCUGGAGAUAAAUCACUGCUGGCUUUCCUGCCAGUUUUAACUGGCAGGAUCCAAGAAGUGAAACAGGGUAUGAAUGCGCAACAUGUCGCAAACAACAUUUGGGCCAUCGCGAAGCUAUCAGAUUCUGGAGAUGAGUCUUUGCCGGCCUUGCUGCCGGCUUUAGCUGACCGGGUCCAAGAAGUGAAACAGGACAUGAAUGCACAACAUGUCGCAAACAUCAUUUGGGCCAGCGGGAAGCUUUCAGAUUCUGGAGACGACUCUUUGCCGGCCUUGCUACCGGCUUUAGCUGACCGGGUCCAAGAAAUGAAACAGGAUAUGAAUGCGCAACAUGUCGCAAACAUCAUUUGGGCCACCGCGAAGCUGUCAGAUUCUGGAGAUGAGUCUUUGCUGGCCUUGCUGCCGGCUUUGGCUGACAGGGUCCAAGAAGUGAAGCAGGACUUGAAUGCGCAACAUGUCGCAAACAUCAUUUGGGCCAGCGUGAAGCUGUCAGGCUGUGGAGAUGAGUCUCUGCUGGCCUGCCUGCCGACUCUGGCAGUGAGGGCGGAGGAAGUCCGUGCCCGGAUGAAGCCGCCGCAGAUUGCCAUGAUUCGACAGCAUGCCACGAAGCUUUCGAAUAGUUUGACCGAUGCUGAUAUUUCUGAGGCUUGCCUGCGCCUCAGCAAGAUCUAG